AUGAGUUCUCUGGUUGUGAAAACAGCCAAAUUCAGUCGAUUUAUGCCGUUUAUAUUCAUAUCUAGUCACUGAGAAAAAGCGGUUUUUAUCAGCAUCAUUUAUUGUAUAUCGUUAGCUGAAGUUUUUGUUGUGAGUGUUCAUGUUAGCGUGUUUAUGUAACAACUCAAAGAAGUAACACUUGGUGUUUUAUGACGUUAUAUUCCUUGUUUUAGUGUCAGGCGAACGUCAAUGAGAUGAGAAUAUAUUUUUCUGUAGUACUGUUUGUCAGUGUCUGUCAGCGUGAAAGGCUUUCUGACAGCCAAAAUACACUUAUACUUCCUUUGCAUAAUAUGUACAUCAAUAAAGAUAGAAAUGAAUAUGAAUAAACAUCAGUGGUGAUGGUGAUGUUACAUAAGCUAUGACGUUAACGAAGAUGUUUCUUCAACCGAGGUUGAAAUUCCUGCUUGAGAUGCCCUCAAAGACUCAGAUGCUACCAGCUGAUGUUUGCUGCACUUAACCUGCACAAAAUCAAGGACAAAUAAAAGGCGACAUGGCGUCUCGUCUCUUGAAGUUCUCCAGACUACUUCUGAAAUAUCGCACCCCUUUGAUCAUUGCAAGCUGUGGAGGGGUGUUUACAGUCAACAUGGUCUAUCAUGUUCUCCCUGAUGUGUCCUACCGACGGCUGUAUCAGGCCUGGUACAAAGGAGAACCAGCCACACUGUCUGAAAAGUUACAGGAGCUUUUCCAGCAGGUGCUGAAGGAUUACGGUAUCAGCUCAACCAAUCAUUUCUCUGCCUUUGCCUCCUUUGGAUUCCAUCCGGUCGGUGCUGGUGUCCCUUGGCUCCCUGCUGGGGCUCAAAUUGGCAUCCCAGCAAACUUUAACAGCACAGCUGAUGACUCAGGUGGAAUCACCAACCGCAGCAUUUUCAUCAAUGGCGAAACAGUGGACUGGAGCAGCGAGGCUGGCUCAGCACUAAAGGAAGCACUGGUGUUUUCCCCCGAGGCACAGAAGUUCGCUAUAGCGCGGGAGGUUGCCCGUUUGCAGAAUGGAGCACCUGUUGUCAGUGCUGCUGUGGCCCCAUUCUGUCUGGGUGGAGUGUGGGUGUACAGCGUGGUGCUGAAGCAGGUGUUUGGUCUCCAUACUGGACCUUUACUGCUUCGCGGCGCAGCAAACGCUUUGGCAAUGGGUCUUGGUGCCAUAUCUUACAUACUCACCUCAGACGCUGUCAGCCAUUGGAUUGACUGUAGCUCAGACAGAUGUGCAGCUGGAGUGUCGCGUGAUUAUGCCAAAGGAGGGGUGGAAUUUUAUGAUAAGAUCCUGUCCAGAAACAAGACUUUGCGCUCUUUGAUGGGCCAGAAGGGAGAGAAGAUGUAUGCUGCCAGUGGAAACUUGUUUCCUGCUAACCUCCUUCAGCUGAAACACACACCAUACACAUCCAGGAGAGACGGGAUCCUUGCUCUGCUGAAAGUGGAGAAAGUUUGACAACAAAAGGAAGGGGAGCUGUUGUGCUGAGAAAUAAAAUCAGAGUUUCUGCAACUAACAUGAACCUAUUAUAAAUUAUCUCAAUAGAUUAUAGUGAUAUGUGAGCAUGAGCUUUGAUUAACAGAACAAUUCUCAUGACAAGAACUGGUGCGCCAUACAUUUAGUGUCCAAAGUGACUAACCCGUUUAUGUGACUGUUAUUCAGCAAAUCAUUCUGGACCGAGUGUUCAAAUAAACAAACGUGUUCGAUAA